ACUGUCAGUUAGAGUGAAACAACAGCUUAGUAACGCGGCGUCCUUCGAACCGCGAGCCGGAGCGAGGCUGAAGCUUUCCAACGAAUAAAAACACGGUGGAAAUACUUGUUACCGCUUCACAUGGGGAGCUGAAGGGAAACCAAGAUGAUUUGCGCGCUUUACGGAAUGCCACUGUUUCCAGUUUUGGAGUUCCUCUUGGUCGCGGUCGCUUUGGCUCAAGGAAACGAGUUCACGGUCGCGAGGGACCCGCGUGCUGCUGUGGAGAACCGGCUGGAGCCGCUCGGUGGAGGCACGGCCAUCCCCAAUUACUUACCAGGGGAGGACCCCGAGUUAGCACUUUUCACCUCCACAGCUCCAUUUAUCACAACAAAGGAGAGCAGGACUGCUGGUCAAACCAACCAGCUGCUGUCUUCUGCUGCUUUGGUGACAACCACCUUCGCUCCUUCACCCAAAACAAUGGCUCCAACAACAGUUAACGGCAGGGACGUAGGGUUAGCCGACACCACCACACUCUCCACGGGGUCACUUACUCCAGCUAAACCUACUUUUACAUCUCCUCCACCUGAAAACUCAACCACACCGGCUAAAAAGGAUUCUACUACCACCAACAACAACUCGUGGACGGUGAAAAGCACCCCCUCAGCCACCGUCACCACUGAGAAAGGGCCUCAGUGUAACUGCAGUGCAGAGGGCACGGUGGACCCUCUCAGCUGUGACCCAGUGACCGGCCGGUGUUUGUGUGUGGCAGGAUACUCAGGGCUCCAGUGCGACGUAUGUGAAGACGGAUACUUUACUAAUGGCACCAGCGGCUGCCAGCCAUGUGGCUGCGACUCGUACGGAGCUGUCGGGCCACUGUGUGAUAACUCAGGAGUGUGUACAUGUAAAACGGGAGUGUACGGAGACAAGUGUGAUGACUGCCGUCCAGGAUUCUUCCUUUUCAGCAGCAAAGGAUGCCAACCAUGCCAGUGUAACAAUCACACCAGCAACUGCGACACACAAUCAGGCAUAUGUUUGAACUGCCAGGGAAACACCAGAGGUCCUAACUGCGAGGAGUGCAAGUAUAACUUCUACAGAGAACCGGGCUCUGCCCUAACUGAAGUCUGCCUGCCCUGCCCCUGCUCCAGCGUCACCUCCACGGGUAGCUGCACUCUCGACCAUAAGGGCCAGCCAGUGUGUGACCAGUGCAAGCCAGAGUACCAGGGUACCAACUGUGAGCAGUGCCGCGAUGGUUUCUACAACGCUGACAGCAUCUGCGUCCCGUGCAACUGCAGCGGAAAUGCCGAGCCAAGCAGCGUGCCCCGCAUCUGCCACCCGGACACGGGCCACUGUCUGAGGUGCAGCCACAACACAGCAGGACCUCACUGUGAGCGCUGCGCGGAGGGCUUCACCGGGGACGCCUUGUUUAGAAACUGCACGCCCUUAGUAUUACCCACUCUUCCCUGGACAUCUACGAUGACCCCCAGUCCCAAUGGCACCGUACAGCUCCCCACUUUCUCCACCGCACUCAUCUCCAGCUUGGCAAGCCCCACAGCCAACGGCACAUCCGCCACUGCUGCUGAGGUUUCCUGGGCCCAAUUCAACGUCAUUGUGCUUGCUGUCAUCAUUGUGGUGCUGGUGGCCCUCAUGGGUGUAGCAGGUGGAGUGUACACUUACAGAGAGUACCAGAACCGCAAGCUCAAUGCCCCCUUCUGGACCAUCGAGCUGAAGGAGGACAACAUCAGCUUCAGCAGCUACCAUGACAGCAUCCCUAACGCUGACGUCUCGGGCCUACUGGAGGACGAGAUGAGCGAAGUGGCUUCCAAUGGACAGUUAACACUCAGCAGCCCAGGAAAUUUGUACAAGGCAUGACAGGCAGUAUGCUGCACUGGGCAGAAACAGGGCCAGCAGCAGCCCUACAACGGGCCCAAAGUGGCCAGAGGCAGGACCCUUGUUCUCCGGACAGCUUCAUUUGUUUAAUUUUCAACUUAUGGCAGGAGAAAAACAGAAAAGAUAUGCACUGAUGCUUUUGUUCUUCCAGGAUGAAUAUACGCACACACACACACACACACACACACACACACACACAUACACACACACACACACUCACACCUAAAGAAAAAGGGGUUGCACAAAGGAGAAUGAGACAAAAAGCAGCUUGAGGAACAUUUUCUGAUGCCGCUUAAAUGUUGAGCCAUGUGGUUAGACAGGAAGAUGUGAUAACUAGCAGGUACAGAAGCCAGACAUUCAUUUUAACAGCCGUACUUGGACAGCAAAUGUCCUUUCAAUGGCGUUGGAGCUGGUGAAAGCGCAGACAUACAAAUGACAAGCAGUGUUGACUGAGACAAAUGUAUGUCUGCAUUACCAAGUUUACUAAUAAUAAUGCCACAGAUUGACACAAGGCAUUCUCACAUGCACAAAAACACAAAAAAAACACCUUACAAUAGCAUAGAAAACAUGCACAUUACACAUUUAGAUCAACACCUCAACCUUCAAAAUAAUACUGAUUUGCAUUUGUAUUUUUGCUAUGUAUCACCUCUGGUCAGCAUGGAUUACUUUCAAAAUCCAGUAAAAAAAAAUCAGUAUAUUA